GUCGGACUUAAUACUCUGCCCGAUUCGUGCGCUGACUUGCCCGCUCCACUCUUCUUUUAUUUCGUGUGAUUUCUAGCGUGCCUAUCGCUUUCCGUUUUUGUGCGCGUUACUGCGAUCCAAACUGCUCCUAUUUACCUACAUAUAUCGUCGGUAUUUUGUUGUGUUUCAUUUUUAUUGCUGUUUUGUGUUUGUUGUUAUUCAUGUUAUUGGAUUUAAACUUUACCGCAGUUGUUAAAAAGGCUGACAAUAUGAUGUCUUGUUCGCUUCCAAUAGUUCCAGUGAUUCAGACGUUACCCUCUUUGUCGGCAGCUCAAGAUUUCCCUAUACAUAUUGGAAUUAAGAGAGGCAGUGACGAAUUAUUAUCUCAAACAAACGUUUCUGUAAUGGCCCCAUCAGCCCCCCAUGCAGAUAACAAUAAUCAAGAAAAUGCCAAAAAAGUAAAACUCGAAUGUAACGUGGGCAAACCCUCCCGCGUGAUACACAUCCGCAACAUACCCUCUGACGUGUCGGAAGCGGAAAUAAUCCAUUUGGGACUGCCGUUCGGGCGCGUGACCAACGUGCUGGUGCUCAAAGGCAAGAACCAGGCCUUCUUGGAGAUGGGCGACGAGUCGUCGGCCACCCAGAUGGUCAACUACUUCAGUACCUGCAUGGCGCAGCUGAGAGGCAGAGCGGUCUACGUCCAGUACAGCAACCACAAAGAGCUCAAGACCGAUCAGACGCAUUCGAAUGCAAACGCUUCGGCUCAGGCGGCUCUGCAGGCCGCCCAGGCGCUGGCCAUCACGCAGAACUCGUCGGCGGUGGCUGUGACGCCGUCGGCCGGCGGGACGCCCGUCGCGACGCCUCUCACCAACGGCCAGGGCCAGGACAUCCAAGGAGGUCCCAACACGGUGCUGCGCGUCAUCGUCGAGCACAUGAUCUACCCGAUCAGUCUCGACAUACUGCAUCUGAUAUUCCAACGAUUUGGAAAGGUCCUAAAAAUCGUCACAUUCACCAAAAACAACUCAUUCCAAGCCCUCAUCCAGUACCCGGACACGCAGUCUGCGCAGCAGGCUAAACAAUCUCUGGACGGACAGAACAUUUACAACAGCUGCUGCACGCUGCGCAUAGACUACUCGAAGAUGUCGUCGCUGAACGUCAAGUACAACAACGACAAGUCGCGCGACUACACGAACCCGAACCUGCCGACGGGCGACACCAACGACCAGCUGGCGCUGGGCGGCGGCCUGGCCGGCGGCCUGGGCGCCGACAUCCUGCUGCUGGCCGCCCAGCCCAGGCUGGCCAGGGAGCGACUGGCAGACGGUUACUUUUUAGACUCCAUACUGGCGGGAGCCCCGGGAGUACUAAGCAGCCCCUUUAUGCACGGUCUGGCAUCACCGCUGGCCGCCCCGUACGCGGGAGGCGUCGCGGGGGGAAUCCCCGGAUUGGGGGGAUUCACGUUGGGCCAGACCGCCCCUGGACUGAGAGGCCUGACCAACCCCACCCUGGCCCUGGCCACGGUGCUGCUAGUCAGCAACCUCAACGAAGAGAUGGUCACGCCUGAUGCUCUCUUUACACUAUUCGGGGUCUACGGCGACGUGCAACGGGUGAAAAUUUUGUACAACAAAAAGGAUUCUGCUUUAGUGCAAUUGGCAGAACCGCACCAGGCCCAUUUAGCCAUAACCCACAUGGACAAGCUGAAGGUGUUCGGCAAGAACAUCCGCGUGAUGCUGAGCAAGCACCAGACGGUGCAGAUGCCGAAAGAGGGGCAACCGGACGCCGGCUUGACGAAAGACUACAGCCAGAGCCCGCUGCACAGGUUCAAGAAGCCGGGCUCGAAAAACUAUCAGAACAUCUAUCCGCCAUCCUCUACGUUGCAUCUGAGCAACAUCCCGGCCACCAUCAACGAGGACGACAUCAAGGAGGCCUUCACGAAGAACGGCUUCAGCGUCAAGGCGUUCAAGUUCUUCCCGAAGGACAAAAAGAUGGCGCUGAUCCAGCUGCCGAGCAUGGAGGAGGCGGUGAUCGCGCUGAUCAAAAUGCACAACUACCAGCUGAGCGAGUCGAACCACCUGAGGGUGUCGUUCUCGAAAUCGAGCAUAUAAUACAGCGAGAGGAGGCACUCGUAGCGCCACCUAGAGGCGGUUCCGGGAACCACCCACCACCGACAAAACACAGUAUUCAUUCCAUACGCUCCAUGUCCCACGGUCAAGAGAUUCUACUGCUACUAUUGACGCGGGAGACGUGGCAACGACGUGCUAGCCAACUGCGGCGCUUAUUUAUUAUUAUUAUCAAUAUAUUAUUACAUUUUAAUAUAUAUAUAUUAUUAUUAUCGAUGAUUAUAGACUGUUUUUUGGCAGGUUAAGCUUUUGAUGAUCAAGAGGAUCCAUAUCAAUGUGUUUAAGUAUUCUUAUUAUUAAGUAAGUUAUUACUCUUAGUAUUAUUUUAUUUUCUUACUUUGUAUUAAUUACCGCGUUCGACAUUCAGUAUUGGGUGGCUUUAAACGUCGAAAAAACUUUUAGGGAAUAGGUUUUAAGACGCUGGAUGUUAAUUUUUGUAAAUUUAUAGAAGAAAAGUGUUAGAAAAAAUAAACUUUAUCAAAAAUAAAAUGGAACGUGUGCGCGGAAAACGAAACGCACGGACAAAACCUACACAUAGUUUUAAAUGGCUAGUAUUUUGUUAGGCGAGUUUUAGCGUGUAAAGCUGUAGUUUAUAGUCAGUGACUAGUUUUAGGGUAAUCACAGGGUGUAGCUGUACCCUAGAGGUGGCGCCUUAUUUACGCAUUGACCGAAAUUCGCCUGCGACUCUCAAAAUACCUACUCAACUACGUACUCGACUAGGUACCAAAUCGGGAGGACGAAAAUCAACAAAUUCGGUUUUUCGCGAACGGAAAUCAAUAAAUCGCGUUAAUGUCUAAAUAAGCGCCAUUUUCUUUGCAGAUGCAGGUAAUCAUGUUUGUUUAUAAUCUCUAUGGUAAGUUGAAUCUCAACCAGCAAACAUAACGGUAAAGGUUCUAUAAUGGCCCUUUAUAUUUUAAAGGUUUAAUAUGGCAGAUUAAAG